GGCAUGAGACGGCCUACAUUUGCAUUCAACGCAGUACAAUCGCCGCGUCGCUCUGGCAAAACACGUCGUUUCAAUGUCGGAAAUCAUGAUGGUGCUAUUAUAAGCGAUUCAUCUGGCAAGCAAUGCUCUUCGAGUAGUGAAGGUACUUCUAGUAACUACGAAACUAAAGGAAAUCUUAUCGGCGAAUGUAAUUCAUCUCCAACACUCGGAUCACUCAGCACUUCUACGCCUCAAAAACCAGAGGGAGAUAUUCAUAAUGCUAAGAAUCAAUUCCGCAGGGCUGCCAACGUCUGCGGAAACGACGUCCAACUAGUUUCCACUCCACUACCAUAUAGCACCACAGGUGAUUGUCAAAAGCCGAGGAAGCGCAAAGAGCGUCUAGAUAGUUCUUCAUCCAUAACACAAGAAAGAAAACUAGUGCGAUCUAAUAGUGAAGAAAGACCCCCUGAAGAAAAAAGUGAGAUACGGCGGGUGGUGUCUCACGAAGAUUUUCUUCCACUGCAUGUACACAAUGCUAGACUUGCCAGCCAAUAUGCACAUAACGAUAAUAUACAUAAGGUGGCAUCCAGCGAGACACCAAAAAAAUUCAAUAGAACAGCUAACGAAAUUAUAUCGCAUGGUGAAUUCAUGAAAAAAUAUAAUAAAAGUGAUAGGUCGCCGGCAAGAUCACGUUUGGACGAUUACUCACAGAGAACUCGCCUAUCGCCCGAUAGCUGUGCAUCAUAUUGCGAAGAUGCUGAUCAUGAAGGUCGCAGACAUACCGAGCGCUUUUCCAGGGCUAGGAUACCUCAAGCUUCUUCGCGAAAGGUCUCUAAUGGUAAUAGAAUACGUCGUGCUCAGCAAAGAUGUUCUCGUCAAACAUCUGCUCAGUCACAAGAUGAAAAUGAAAAUAUAAAGCCAAUGUGUUCCACGCAAGCACAACAGAAUUUUGAAACUGUCAUUGUAGAGAACAAACAUGCUCCUUUUCCUUGGUCUGAACCUUGCGAUUUCCGCCCUAUGCCUAGUUUUCACGCAGAAAAUUUUAUAUCAAAAAAAUGUAUAAAUGAUUAUAGUGCGGACCAAAUAAGCAAUUCAUCUGUGACUUGUAAGUUGAGAAAAGCUGAUGAUUCUGAAGAUGUUGUGCGAAUGACAGAGUGUCAUGCUCGAAAAUACGAACAUCAUACUAAAGCCUUAUCCGAAAAUAACAGUGUUAGCGCUAAAACAGAAAAGGCAGAAUUUACCGAUACAUUGUGCCUCACACUACCGGAAGAGCGGCUUAAGCAAAUUUCUAGAAAAUUAGCUGGUAUUAAGAAACGCAUUGCAAAAUAUGAAGAGACUUACGAAACCCAAAAUGGUUACAGAAUGUCGCAAGCCGAUAAGAUGGGAGACAGAGUGUUAAAGAAAUUAUACAGUGAAAUUCAAAAAUUAAGAAAAGAAAAAUUGCGUUUGAAAAUAGAUCCGAUUACUUUAACAAGUUACGGUAAAGUUGUUUCAAGUAAUGAGAGCUUAAAAACAGAUGAUGAUAAUAACUACAGCAAACUUAAAGAAAUCAAGACUACCCUUGCAGAUAUUGAAAAGAGGCUUCAAGACAAGCGUGAUAAAUCUAAUCGGCCAUUGGACUUAGAACAAAUGACUCCUGAGCAGUUGGGCGAUGAAAAAGUUGCCAUGCAAAAGGCACUAUUGUUUUUGGAAGCAAAGUACGGUCGCCCCACAACACGCGAAGAAAGGGAUUUAGCACAUCCCCUGUAUGACCGAUAUCGCCAGGUUAAGCGGCUUAUGUUACGAACGCAUAUGACAAAACUAAACUCGAGUAUAAAUGAACUCGAAACUAUAUUGGAGCAUGAAACAAUGGACUUCAUUCCAUCUGAUUCAUCUCAACCAUCAAUUGCAUCAUUGCAACUUAAUUCUGAAAGAUGCAAUCUACAAUUGUCCAGUUCUACUCAUGAUGUUUCACCUUUAAUAACACGUUCAGAUAUCUUCAAUUCAGAUAAAUUAAAAUCCCCAAGCAGAUCAGUUGAUGAAUCACCUCCAUCCUCAAUAAACUCGACCGAUUCGAAUUCAACAUCAACAAGUUCUGUGAAUGAAAACUUCCAUAAUUUACCACUAGUUGAGUUAAAAUUACAACUGACAGCAACUCAGGAAGAGAAAAAGGAACUUAGAAGGUCUAUUAAAGAAUAUGAACACAACUUUGAAAUGAAAACGGGAAAGAAAAUGCAAAAGGAAGACAGGGCUAAUAUGGAAACUACUUACAGUUUGUAUAAACAAGUUAAGGCUAAACUUAGACUGUUAGAGGCAUUAGUCAACAAGCAAAAACCAAAGUGAGAUUUAUAAUAUAAUUACCAACA